UUCACCCUGGGACACAGACCUAUGUGGAUGGACCUGUUGGCUGUCCCUGUAAAACGGCCUAAAGGCUGGUACCUGUCUCUGAUGGCCCCCAACACGAAGGGGCCAGCCUUUGCAUGGCUGGAUCCUUCCAGGCUUUACUGCAACUCCCAGGCCCUCACAGACUGUGUGUCAGACCUUCUCAGUCCAUUCCAGGGCAAUGACAUCGACCUUGUAGCUGGCAUAGAUGCCAUGGGAUUUAUCCUGGGGGCAUCAGUGGCCACAACUCUCGGAAAAGGUUUCCUGGCCAUUCGUAAAGCAGGACAUCUGUGUGUUGCUACUAAGAACGAGAAAUAUUCUGACUAUACAAGUAGGGAUAAGUUGAUGGAAGUCAGAUUGGAUGUCCUUAAACCAGGCGUCAGGGUGUUGUUAGUGGAUCAGUGGAUAGAGACAGGAGGCACAAUGAAGGCUGCCAUCCAACUAGUGGAGAAACUGGGAGCAACUGUUGUAGGUGUAGCAGCUGUGGCCAUUGAAAACACUCCAGGAGGUAAAUGGAUCAAAGACAACUACAAAUUCUCUCACUGCGUCCCUGAGGAGCUGCAGUGCCAGAUUGAUCGGAAAUUUCUGGAAUCUUUCAAAAGCUUCAAGAGUUGAAGUUGAUUUUUACAUUUUAGGUUCUGCCAGUAUGUUGUAUUUGCAAUAGGGUUUAUGUAAAAUAACUUUUUUUAAUCCAGUUUUUUUUUACUUACAUAAUGCUGCACAGCUAAAAGGCAAACUCUGGUAAGUGCAAUUAAACGUCUAACAAACUUGACGUGACGACUGUUCUUGG